AGUCAGCAAAAAGGCGGAAGAGGUAAAUCAAGUGAUUGAAAGGAGAACCAAAGUCAGUCUCGCUUCGCUGGAGAGAGGGGGAGAUCCAUGGAGGGCAGCAUCAGAAGCCCGGCAAACUACGUGCCGCUUUCGCCGAUAAGCUUCCUGGAGCGCGCCGCCGUCGUCUAUGCCGAGCGCGCCUCGGUCGUGUACGGCUCCACUUCCUACACAUGGAAGCAGACUCGCGACCGGUGCCUCAGGCUCGCCUCCGCCCUCACCGCCCUUGGGGUUUCUCGCGGAGACGUUGUUGCUGUACUUGCUGCAAAUAUUCCUGCGAUGUAUGAUCUACAUUUUGGAGCCCCUAUGGCUGGUGCUGUGCUCUGCACUCUCAAUACACGGCAUGACUCAGCAAUGGUCUCCUCUUUACUUAAGCAUUCAGAGUCGAAAGUUUUAUUUGUGGACUCUCACCUUCUUGACAUUGCCCAAGGGGCACUAAAACUUCUUGCCGAAUCAAAUGCCAAUCUUCCUACACUCAUCAUAAUCUCAGAUAUGACUGACUCUGAUGGUGCAUUGGGUGGUGUCGAUAGAUCAACUAUUCUAGAAUAUGAGACCCUUCUGCAAGAUGCCUCUCCUAACUUUCAGAUUCAAUGGCCUAUUGAUGAAUGUGACCCGAUCUCGAUAAACUAUACUUCUGGCACUACAUCAAGGCCUAAAGGAGUCAUCUACAGCCACAGAGGUGGAUACCUGAACGCAAUUGCGACAAUUCUUCUCAACGAUAUUACAACAAUGCCAGUAUAUCUAUGGACAGUGCCUAUGUUCCAUUGCAAUGGGUGGUGCCUUGCAUGGGGCAUAGCAGCUCAAGGCGGUACCAAUAUCUGCCUGAGAAAUGUUAAAGCAAAGGCCAUCUUUGACAGCAUUUCUCUUCACAAGGUUACCCAUCUGGGUGGUGCUCCGACGGUCCUCAACAUGAUCGUAAAUGCUCCGAUCACAGUGCGUAAGCCACUCCCUGGAAGAGUAAGCGUGAUGACUGGUGCUGCACCUCCUCCGCCCCAUGUCAUGUCCGAGAUGGAAGAGCUUGGUUUUCGCGUUACUCAUCUUUAUGGCCUUACUGAAACAUAUGGUCCAGCAACUGUUUGCACUUGGAAACCUGAGUGGGAUGCAUUACCUUUGGAAGAAAGAGCGAGGCUCAAGGCUCGCCAGGGACUUCAUCACAUUGGAAUGGAGGAGGUUGAUGUAAAAGAUUCAUACACGAUGAAAAGCCUUCCUGCUGACGGCAAGACAAUUGGUGAAGUGAUGUUCCGGGGAAACACAGUGAUGAACGGGUACUACAAGGAUCUAAAGGCAACAACGGAGGCAAUGAGCGGAGGAUGGUACCAUAGUGGUGACCUUGGAGUCAGACAACCAGAUGGCUAUAUCCAACUCAAGGACCGUUCAAAAGAUAUGAUCAUCUCAGGCGGUGAGAACAUCAGCUCGAUCGAGGUAGAAUCCGUGCUUUUCAGCCACCCUGCAGUCCUCGAGGCAGCAGUAGUCGCGAGGCCAGAUGACUACUGGGGUGAGACCCCUUGUGCUUUUGUCAAGCUGAAGGAUGGUGCUACCGUUACUACAGAGGAAAUCAUAAAAUUUUGUCGUGCUCGGUUGCCUCAUUACAUGGCUCCUCGAACCGUCGUGUUCGAAGAUCUCCCCAAGACUUCUACAGGCAAAACUCAAAAGUUUUUGUUGAGGGAGAAAGCUAAGGCCAUGGGAAUCAUAUUUAGGAAAGGAGGGAGCAAGCUUUAAUUUGCAUCUUCUGCAACUAGUUCAAGGUAAUGUUUUGAUCCUUCAAAGAUAAUCAAGUGCAUUGCCUUUUGUCAUUUAUAUUGUAUAUUUUUCAAGGGGAGGCUUGAAGCAAUUGUAAAGUUAUUGCCAUGUGAUCAGGAGAUUAUGGGUUUGGGUCACGAAAAUUAUUUCUUGUAAAGUAGGAUAAAAAUAUAUACAAUAGAUCCUUUCUUAUGAUUCCAUAUUUGCAAAGCAGGAUAAUACUGUGUAUAAAUAUACUUUUUCCCAGUAAUCCAGUAUUGACAGGUGCAUUUUUAUAUCGUA